AGCAAACAAAAUUUAUUUAUAUCAGAAACAACAAAAAGACGCCUUUUUUUUUUAUUCCAUCUCUCUCUCUCCCCCCUCACUGCAGCGCUGCCGUCGUAGCCGUCUCCGUCGGCGCCGCCGAAGCAUGACCAGCUCCUCCGCCUCAUCGCGCAAGGCUUUGAGCAAGAUCGCAUGCAAUAGGCUCCAGAAAGAGCUUCUGGAAUGGCAAGUCAACCCCCCGGCCGGGUUCAAGCACAAAGUCUCCGAUAGCCUCCAAAGGUGGGUAGUUGAGGUGAUCGGAGCACCCGGGACGCUGUACACGAACGAGAAGUACCAGCUGCAGGUCGAUUUCCCGGAGCAUUAUCCCAUGGAAGCACCGCAGGUUAUAUUUUUGCACCCUGCGCCUCUUCAUCCGCACAUCUAUAGCAACGGGCACAUAUGUUUAGAUAUCUUGUAUGACUCCUGGUCUCCAGCAAUGACUGUAAGCUCAGUCUGCAUCAGCAUUUUGUCCAUGUUAUCCAGUUCGACCGUGAAGCAACGCCCACCGGAUAAUGAUCGGUACGUGAAGAACUGUCGGAAUGGCCGAUCUCCCAAAGAGACCAGGUGGUGGUUCCAUGAUGACAAAGUAUGAUGCUACUGAUGCUGUUAAUACUCACUACUUCUCCAGCGUUUAUGUAAGCUUAUCGAAAAAUGGCAUGUAUCAUUCCCAUUGGUCUAUGAUUUGCCUUAAAAAGGUUUUUAAUCUUAAAAUUUACUUUUGCAUGUAAUUAUGAAGGGAAGAUUUACCUUGGCUGAAAUGAAUACAUUAUGAUGACUUUAUGGGAUUAGAAUUAAUUUUGCU